AUGGUUUCUCCGUCGGUCCGGACGUGGGCACCGCUGCUGCGGACGGCCCGCGUGGCCCUCCGGACGCCGGCUCGCGGUAGCCCGUUGGUGACGAUGCAGCGUCAAACCGGCACCGCGUCACCGAUCCUCAGCUUCUGCCGGACAUACGCCGUGUACGAGCGGUCAAAGCCGCAUGUCAACAUUGGCACAAUCGGCCACGUCGAUCACGGCAAGACCACGCUGUCUGCCGCGAUCACGAAGCGCCAGGCCGAGAAGGGCAUGGCCAACUUCCUUGACUACGGCUCCAUCGACAAGGCUCCCGAGGAGCGCAAGCGUGGUAUCACCAUCUCCACGGCACACAUUGAGUACGCGACCGAGAACCGGCACUACUCUCACGUCGACUGCCCCGGUCACGCCGACUACAUCAAGAACAUGAUCACGGGCGCUGCGAACAUGGACGGCGCCAUCAUUGUGGUGGCCGCAUCGGACGGCCAGAUGCCGCAGACCCGCGAGCACCUGCUGCUGGCUCGCCAGGUCGGCGUGCAGAAGAUUGUGGUGUUCGUCAACAAGGUGGACGUGAUCGAUGACCCGGAGAUGCUGGAGCUCGUGGAGAUGGAGAUGCGCGAGCUGCUGACGACAUACGGCUUCGAGGGUGACGACACGCCCGUCAUCAUGGGCUCGGCUCUGUGCGCGCUGGAGAACAAGCGGCCGGACAUUGGCAAGAAGAAGAUCGACGAGCUGCUGGCUGCCGUUGACAGCUGGAUCCCUACACCGCAGCGCGACCUGGACAAGCCGUUCCUGAUGUCGGUCGAGGACGUCUUCUCGAUCGCCGGCCGCGGCACCGUGGCCUCGGGCCGUGUCGAGCGCGGUACGCUCAAGAAGGACACCGACGUCGAGAUUGUGGGCAAGGGUCUUGAGGUGAUCAAGACCAAGAUCACCGACAUCGGGACGUUCAAGAAGUCGUGCGACGAGGCGCGCGCCGGCGACAACUCAGGCCUUCUGCUGCGUGGUGUCCGCCGCGAAGACGUGCGUCGCGGCAUGGUCAUCUGCAAGCCCGGCAGCGUGUCGCCGCACUCGCAGUUCCUCGUGUCGCUGUACGUGCUGACCAAGGAGGAGGGUGGUCGCCACACCGGCUUCCACCAGAACUACCGCCCGCAGAUGUACCUGCGGACGGCCGACGAGUCCUGCACCCUGACCUUCCCUGAGGGCACCGAGGACGCCGACUCCAAGAUGGUGAUGCCCGGUGACAACGUCGAGAUGCUCGUCACGCUGCACUCGCCGCUAGCUGUGGACAACGGUCAGCGUGUCAAUGUGCGCGAGGGUGGCCGGACUGUCGCUACGGGUAUCGUAACGCGGAUCCUAAAGUAG